CAGAGUCUCAGCACUGUUGAAGCUUCCAUCUCCGAGUUACAGGAGGCAUUGACCUCGGGUCGCAUCAAUGCAGUUCAGCUCCUGGCGAAGCAUUUGAAUAGAGUUGCUCACUACGACCGGAGAGGUGUGCAUCUCAACGCCAUUCCCGUACUCAGUAUCAAUGCUUUUGAAGAAGCACAGGCCUCUGAUGAUUGGAGAGCUGACAACAAUGGUUCUAUCCGGUCUCUCAUAGAAGGCUUGCCCUUUACCGUCAAGGACAGCUACAUGGUGAAGGGAUUGCCUGUCGCCGCUGGUUCACCUGCAUUCCAGAACCUCACGGCACACGAUGAUGCCUUUGCAGUCGAGGUGCUUCGCGCUGCUGGAGGUAUCGUCUUGGGCAAAACCAAUAUGCCUCCCAUGGCUAACGGAGGCAUGCAGCGAGGGUUGUACGGAAGAGCAGAAAGUCCUUACAACCCAGAGUAUCUUGCGGCUGCUAUGGGUUCUGGCUCUUCCAAUGGCUGCGGCGUCUCCACUGCUUCCAGCAUGGCUGUGUUCGGCAUGGCCGAAGAAACCGUCUCAUCAGGGCGAUCCCCUGCAUCCAACAACGGACUUGUGGCCUAUACUCCCUCAAGAGGCAUGCUCUCAAUUCGGGGUAAUUGGCCUCUAUCUCCAUCGGCAGAUGUGGUGGUGCCUCAUACCAGAACGUUACAUGACCUUCUCGCCGUGCUUGACGUUUUGUUUGUCCCAGAUAAUGAGACAACUGGAGACCUGUGGAGGUCACAACCCUUUGUUCAACUUCCAAACGUCCAAGAUAUUCGACCCAAAUCCUUCCUGUCACUCGCAAACGACUCCUCCAUUAGAGGGAAGCGUAUUGGCAUUCCAAGCAUGUUUCUCGGAAAGAGAGAUGCCGUGUCUCAACCGGUGUACAUUCAUCCAUCAGUCAUUGAUCUCUGGGAAGAGGCCCGAAAGACACUGGAGUAUCUUGGCGCGACAAUCGAAGAAGUCGAUUUCCCGCUAGUCAGUAACUUUGAGGUUGCCCCGACUCGAAAUGAGGUCAACAGCGAUUAUCCUCUUCCGGCCUAUUACAAUGGCAGUUCCGGCCCCGCGAAUUUUGGUGCUCUGUCCUGGGAUGACUUUCUGCACUACGUCAAUGAUUCUUCAAGCGUUGUCCAACUUGGCGAUGUUGAUCCAGCCCUCAUCUUCCCUCAGAUCCCCGGAACACUCCCUGACCGAUACGGAAACACAUUCAACAACCGAACGAGUGGUAAUGCCGCUGCGGUCGAAGAUGCAAAGAACAGGAGAGGCCCAAUUGUAGAAGUCCCUGGCUUCAGCGAGUGGCUUCAUUCUCUUGAGGAUCGCAGAAAGAGGGAUCUCGAUGACUGGAUGGACAAGAAAGGUCUUGACUUUCUUGUCUGGCCUGCCGCGGGUGAUGUCGGACGCGCAGCCGCCGAAGUGGACGAGCAAGCUGCAGCCUUGACCUGGCGCAACGGUGUUGCUAGGUCCUUGGGCAAUUUUGCUAUUCGCCAGCUUGGAGUGCCUACCGUCACGGUCACCAUGGGUACGAUGAAGGACACACAGAUGCCGGUUGGUCUGACCUUUGCGUCCAAGGCUUACGAUGACGUGUCUCUUUUGAGUUAUGGGUAUGCCUUUGAACAAGCCCAUGUCUCGCCUCGUUUUGCACCCCGGCGUACACCUCCCUUGGAGACGGAUCAGAUUCAGUACGAAGAGAGGCAAGAGCCUACCCAGGGUAAGGCAGCCCCCGAUCUUUCUGCUCAUGGCCAACGCGUUGGAGUAAACGCUGUAUACAUCAACGGUCGUGUUGCAUCGCACGACGGACACGAAGAAGAAUCUUUGGACUUGGAGGUAUACGUUGAUGGUGUCCUUGCUUCAGCUCUCGUCGUUGGAGCAAACCAAACCUGGUCCGUCACGGCAAACAUCACUGAGGAGUUUUCGGGAGUCUCACGGUUUGGGGAGAUAAACCACCCCGAUGCUAGCCUGGCAAUGGUGGUAGUUAUAGCAACCGCCUCCAGUGGCCGCUCAGCAGGAAGACUAUUGUUUGUCUAA